AUGCUUGGACCUGAGUCCAAUGAACGAAUGGGCUUUCCUCCCAUCUUAGUUCAUGAGAGAUGUGUUGUCAUACAACAGAGCCGCGGAGAAGAAGCUCAAGCAGCCGCUUGGCUACAUUAUGCAAGUAGGCCACCAACGUCCGUCGGCUCCGGAUUGCUCUCGAUAAAGACAGACUCCGAAAGCUACUCGAAGAAACCGGAACGGCUUAAUAAAAGAAUAUGA